AUGCGCUUUGUUCUCCAGACUCUUCCCUACAAAGACUUGGCGGAGGACAUCAGAUCAAAGCCGAGGAUGUGUGAGAGCCGGGAGCUGGACCAUGAAAUCCGCGACCUGAUCGGGAGGAGUGCGUCUCAGGGUCCCAACGCCGCCCCCGCAGGGCCCACGCCGAGCUGCAGGAGCUCCUGCUCUCUCACGACACCGGGGAAACCAGCUCCCAUGGCUCAUCUGGAGCAGGGCUCAGGCAGGGGCGCUGCAGGAAGUCCCGGGGAGCACGCCGAGUGUGCUAAACCGUCGAGAGGAGAGAACUCCACAAAUUCUCUUGAACGAAAGAUACGGCACUUGGAAAAACAGAGAAAAGAGCUCCUGGACGUGAACCAGCAAUGGGACCAGCAGUUCCGGAGUAUGAAAGAGCUGUACGAGACAAAGGUUGCAGAGCUGAAAACGAAACUGGAGGCCACAGAGAGAUUCCUCAGCACCCUGGAAAAGAAACUGCCCCUGCCACCGAGCCAGAAGGAGGGCGACAGCCCCAGGGACCCGGCCCCGGAGCAGCAGCAGAGACAGGAGAAGGGACAGGAGAGCCUGAACAGAGAAUUACACGAGCUGAAGAAAGAAAAUAAGCUACUGAAGGAAAACAACGCUCUCGCGAGCAGGAAGAAGGAGCACUAUGAGUGUGAGAUCAGACGCCUUAACAAGGCUCUUCAGGAGGCCUUAGGACGCGAGUGCUCUCCGCUGCCCGAGGACCGUCUGGGGAGGCCCGAGAAGGGGUGCAGCCGCGAGGAGAUGAGAACGGAGAUGGAGGUGCUCAAGCAGCAGGUGCAGAUAUACGAAGAGGACUUCCACCGGGAGCGGUCAGACCGGGAAAGACUUAAUCGAGAGAAAGAGGAGCUACAGCAAAUUAACCAAACGUCCCAGUCCCAGCUGAACAAGCUGAAGUCUCAGAUGAAAGCCUGUCAGAUGGAGAAAGAGCAACUAGAAAAGCAGCUGACACAGAUGCACCUCCCCACCUGUCGCUGCAGCUUGGGUUCCCACCUGCGGGAUCCCUGCGCACCUACCGGCCCCGGGGCUGAGCAGAGUCCGCAGCAGCACCCGAGUGACACGGUCCACGUACACUAG